CGGAACUGCAAAGACAGUGGAGUGUGAGCAGCAUUCGCUUGGAUUGAGCCUUUGUCUGGAUAUGACAGAUUUACUACGCAAUAUAUUCCCGCCAAGAGAUACGAAAAACUAUUGGCACCGGAAUCAACGCCGGAGGACGUGGGUCGUAGGUGGGGCGAAGAAAAAGGAAAAUUGCCAAGACGAAUCGAGAACAGGACCAAUGCCUACUUGAACGCCAGCCAGUCUCCACUUCCCCCGUCGGAGCCAACGAACACCACGUGCCAUGUCGCAGUUAAUUUGUUGGCAAUAAGUUGGAGCACCAGGCCUAAUUACAACAACACGCACGACAUGACUGCGAAAUUUUCAUUAAAAUCAGCCCUUGCCGAGGCGAGGACAAUGCCGCCCCUGGACCAACAGUUGCAGUCACGCCGUGGGCCUGGAUAGCUGGUGUUCAUGGAUCCGCAAGAACAAGAGCAGGAGCAGCUGCCCGUUCGGCUGGCAGUAGGACGGGCUGCCUGGUGGAUUCCCAAUCCGGGAAAAAAGAAACCCACCUCCCUCCUCCAACUACGUCACGCACCUGUUAUUGCCGUCGCCGCCGCGACUUCCGCCGAGGAUACGCGAAAAAUGUCAUUUGCUGCCGCUUUAAAGGAUUUGCUGGAGAACCUGUCUUUUCAUUGUUACGGUAAAUUAGUGGAGCACGGUCGCCGGAUUCAAGAGCGUUUCUUCUGGCUCGUUUUCCACAUAACCGCUUUGAGCGUCCUAAUUGCAUUCCUCUGGGGCACCUACACCAAUGAGCAGGAUGCCCUGGUGACCACCAUGUAUCACCCGUUGUAUCCCAUUUGGAAGGUGGAGUUUCCGGCCAUAUCCGUCUGUACUUUAAACCGCAUCUCUCGACGUGCUGCCUGGCGAUAUGCCCAGGAAUUGAGCUCCAAGGAUCCAAAAAACCAUAAUGCCACCUUUUUUUACGAAAAGCUCAAAGCUUUUCUGUACAUGUACUAUGAUCCUACCGAUCUAAAAGAUAUUGAUAAUGCCCUGAUGUUCCAAAGCUUCUUGGAUAGGUUUGAUACUGAGGCCCAUGAGUUAUUUUUUAACACCAGAAAGCGAAUGCAUGUUUUGACGCCAAACUGCAGUGAAAUAUUCGUGUCCUGCAGGAUUGCAGGACGACUUUUUAAUUGCCUUGAGCAGUUUGAAGAGAGCUUGACUAGUCAUGGUUACUGUUGUACUUUCAACUACGAUGGAAGGUAUAUUAAUAAAAGAGAUUUUCGCCAGCGAUAUUUUGGUCCAGACAUGGGUCUGGUAUUGACUUUAAAAACACAACCUGAUGACAAUUUUUACAAGAUAAAUGGCCACAACGGUUUUAUUUCCAUUUAUGAACCACACGCCUACCCGGAUCCAUUUUCUGGCGGUGUGGCCGAACGAAUUGCUGAAGUUGGCUUUAACACCUUGUUGCCAGUGAGGGCUAAAAUCUUUGAGACUCUUCCCGAGGCGCGCCGCAUGAGUCAGUCAGUGCGCAAAUGCCUGUUCGAGAAUGAAAUGCCUUGGGUGUUCGCCCGACACUACACCUUCAGCAAAUGCAUUUCCGCCUGCCGGGCUCAAAGUGUCGUCAGUUUGUGCGAGUGUGUCCCCUUUAGCCUGCCACAUCGCUACAUCGAUGGGAAUGAGAAGCGCAUCUACUGCACUCUGCAGCACAUGGCCUGCCUGAAGCGUUACGAAUUCAAGUGGCUCAACGUCAUCACCAGUCGCGAGAAUGUGACUGGUCUGGAGCACGAGCUGCAGGAUGCCCUCUUCUGUCCUUUAUGCUUACCUUCCUGCACAGAGACCCGGUACAGUGUGAGGGGCGCCAUGACCCUGGGCCUACCUACUCCCAGUCUGGCCAAGAGUCCGCCGCGUAGCAGUCCCGGACCGCGUGCCAAUAACAGUUACGGUUCCGGCUCGGGCCCUGGAUCAGGAUACGGCAAAGGCUCAUCCUCCCCCGCCGAGUUGGCCGUUGUUCGUAUUUAUUUUGCCGAAACGCACAUUCAAUACUUUCGCCAGAUUAUUAAGAGCGCCUGGUACGAGACCUUCAGUACAAUUGGCAACAUCUGCGGCAUUAUAGCGGGCUUCUCGCUGAUUGGCAUCUGCGAGCUAUUGUUUUUUCUAGCCAAACAAUUAUGGCAGGCAUGCCGGGCUGAAAUCAAAGCCGAGCUCAGUCACAUCCAAGAGAGGACCCACAUCCAAAGGGACACCAAGAGGGACCUGGCGGCGGUACAGCAUCCGGAUACUGAAUCGGAAGGAGAGCGGCCGAUGAAGUUGUUUAUACUGCCGUAAUUGAGCGAAAUGCAUCGUUAAUUUUAAAGCUCACUGAUUUUUAUGCAGUCUACUCCACUCCACUCGACUCCAGUCAAGUCCAGUGCCACGAAGGAAGUCCAACUCAAGUGCACUUACUUUGCAUUGUCACAUAAAAAUAAACAGAACUCACGUACGAUUGCCAAUUGGUGGACUGGGAAUGGCGAAGGGGUCGCCAAACAGCUGGAGUUGCCAAAAAGGCCCAGACGGUGACAUUAGCGCCAGUGGAUGUUGUUUUUUGUUGGCCCAUUCCCUUUCUGGACGGUUGCCCGGUCACUCGACCAGUUAUGGACCACAGCGGAUCCGCCCAGCACUUACAAUCAGCAUUAUCUUUUAUUUGUCGUAUGCAGAGUUGGCAAAAAAUAAAAGAACACACGCCGACAAACAGAAUGAGAGACACACCAUCUGCUCGAAAUCAUUGUGCCACAAUUGAGUCUAAAGUCGAUGAGGCAACACAGUUGGAGUCCACUCCAUCGUUUGCGACAAUUACCAUUUCAAUUAUUCUUCUCGAAUUACUUUUAUCUGGCGAAUAAUUUAUUGCCGGCUCAGAAACUCCGUGAAGCAAAUUUUCUGUUUACUUAUUCAGCAGUGGAAAAUUUAUUUGUUAUUCGCUCGAAUUGAACGAAACCCUCCGUAUGGCAUAGACAAGUAAUUUGAGGCUUCAUUAAAGCUUUACCUCAAUGAAAUCUUUGACGGGUUUUUGGCUUAGCCAGAAAACAUCCAUUGGUUAUGGGAGGGGAAUGGGGCGAAACAUACAAACAUCCAAGCAAAUAAACAGA